AUAUUGAUAAUGCAGAAGACUCGAGAGCUGUUUCAGUGUUUGUAUUUGAGUUUUGCAGAGCUGCGCUGAGUAGCUCUUCUCCGAGAGUGAGUGGGAUUGUCUUGAGUUCGCUGAUACAAGAAAAGCUUCCGUGCUGUGUUGCUGGGAAGGGAAGGCAUCAUGCUGAGAGGGAGUGCGUUUGUGCUGCUGGCGACGCUGCUGGCUGUCACGCUGAACACUGCACUGGCCGCAUUGUCGAAUAUCGACGAUUCUAGUCGAUUUUUCAUGUGCUUGAUGCCUCGCGAGGAUGGACGAUGCCGUGCGGCAAUGCCACGGUUUUACUUUGACUUCAGACUGCGGAGGUGCAUUCCGUUUGUGUUCAGCGGAUGUGGAGCGAACGACAACAACUUUGAGUCGGAGCACGACUGCUUGCAGACCUGCUCUGUUGUCGUCCAGCAUAUGAGAAGCACACGAGGGCCGGAGCACACUGCUGCACCUGAGCCGACCACCACACCCACAACAAUGCCAUCGCCCACAACAACGCCAUCGCGCACAACAACGCCAUCGCCCGAGCGCGUCGCCCCGACACUUGCCGACAUCGCCCUUGGCAACGCAUCCGGUUGGGGACUGUGGAACCAGUGGGGAAGAUGCUAUCCAUCACCUGUGCCGAUCGCAUCGUGCGGUGCACUCUCGGGAAUGCAGAAGCGCCGACGCUCCUGUCUGGUCAACGGACGCUGCAAGGGCAUGCGCGUUGAGACACAACCGUGCACGCUGCGAAAGUGUGAACCUGUGUAUGACUUUGGCAAGUGGUCUCCAUGCUCGGCUAGCUGUGGCAAGGGAGUGCAGGUCCGUUCACGCACAUGCUCAUCGGUGCAACCAAGUUCAGUGGUGUGCGGCGGCCCGGCAGUUGAGAGUCGCCAUUGCAAGAUUGCCUCAUGCCUCUCAGCCACUGCUGGUCACAUCUGUAACAGAGAGCCUUGUCGCAAUGGUGCUACAUGCGUGAUGGUGGGGCAGUUCUUCCGCUGUCAGUGUGUACUGGGAACGUACGGAGCGCUCUGUCAAUUCUCUCACCGUAUGCCCGUCACCAGGGCAACGCGCCCUACGACUGAACCAGCGACCACCACGGCCGAGCCGACGGAAAUGGCGACGGAGAUGGAAACGGAAAUGGCGACGGAGAUGGAAACGGAGAUGGCGACGGAGGCGGCAACCGAAAUGCCGACGGAAGUCGCAACGGAAAUUCUUUCCCGAGCGCAGGAGAUCAAAGCCGACCCUUGCCCAGCCCGUAAGAAGCCACAGGAGUUGGUGGACGAGUUCCUGGUAUGUCUAAGCACGGAAGUUGGCACAAAUAGGUCAAAUAUCAUUCGGCAUUGGCCAGUCUUUCAACUAUUCUCUCCCCACCUUAACAAUACACAGUGUAAGAAGCGGGCCUUGAAGAAAGCAUCUUCCAAAUGGGAGUGCCUGUGGUUCAACGCCACGAGACGACAGGUUGAGCUACUUGACAUCUACUUGAGAGGAGGAGAGUGCGAUGAAGAAUCAGAAAUCAAGAUGGCCGUCAUGCACAACGUUCCGUCACGCCUGCCACGAGCCUGCGGUGGGGAAUUCAAGACCGUGAAACUGAGCAAGACAUUUAUGACUGAGAGCUCUUUGAGGCGGCUGCGGGUCAAGCCGACGCUUCCACGUCUACCAAGUUGUAUGAAGAACGAUGCUACCGGUGUUGCUGUGGGAACCGUGGCGGAGGCUGGCAAGCGACUGCGCAUGCAAGCCCACGCCUACAUUGUCGGCCCUACGCACAUGUUCUCGCCGGCCAAGCUCCGUUGCCCCUCGGGCAGCAGGACGGCACCGCCGCAGUAACGGCAUGCUGCAUGCACAGUGUGUGUGUGUGUGUGUGUGUGUGUGUGUGUGUGUGUGUGUGCUGAAGCGGUGCAUGCACACACACACGCGCGCGCGUGUGUGUGCGCGUGUCAUGAAUUGGUGUAUAGGUGGGAGCCAAGUGGAGCAUGCCCAGUAGCUAGUUUUCCCGUAGCCAGCGAGGGCUUAAUGCGUAUCGUGUGUUUUGACUAUCCGGCUAGCUGCCAAGCAGCGUGUAUUUACAGAAUGGCAUGUUCAUACUCAGCAGCAGCAGAAGGGCUAUGCGGCCCUGAUCGUAAUGUUUUUUGUUGUACUUCCGUGCGCGUACAUGUGCGUUCCGACGCGCGUGCGGGUUUUUGUUUUAUUGCAUGAACAUAAUUAUGCACUGCUGACUCCAAUCUGUACGGUUCAUCUCGCCGUACGUAAAUUUGCUUUUCAUUCCGCAUGCGCUAGUGACUGUGUUCCACCUGCGAAGUUUGCCCAGAGGAUAAUAGAGUGGUUGCGCAUCA